UACACCGCACUUAAAUAGAGGUAGCCUCUCUCACUCACAACUUCAUUGGAUCAAUUCAUUUGAAACAAUCUUCAUCUUCUUCAAACAUGAAAGACUCAAUAGUUCUAUAUCCUGCCCUCGGCAGUGGACACGUAAACUCCAUGGUUGAGUUAGGCAAGCUCAUAUUAACCCAUAACCCUUCCUUCUCCAUCACGAUUCUUAUCCUUAACCAACCCAACAACAACAACAACAAAGACACCCAUUCCACCAUCACCUUAGGUUGUGACGCCACCGCUAAAUACAUUUCCACCGUAUCUGCCACCGUACCCUCCAUAACUUUCCACCACAUCCCCACCAUAUCAUUCCCCGCCAGCACCUCCCUCCCACCUCACCAUCUCACCCUCGAGCUCUGCAGCCGCAGCAACCAACACGUUCACCAUGUCCUUCAAUCCAUUUCCAAAACCUCCAAUCUCAAAGCCAUUGUUUUGGACUUCUUCAACUACAGCGCCACACAAGUCACCAACACCCUUAACAUCCCCUCUUACUUUUACUACACUUCAGGAGCCUCUACUCUUGCUGUUUUGCUUCACUAUCCAACCAUUCUCCAAAAUACCACAAAAUCCUUCAAAGACCAUCACAUGUAUCUUCAAAUACCCGGUUUACCUACUUUUUCCACAGAAGAACUACCUGAUGAAGCGAAGGACCCUGCGUUUUACCAGGUUUACCUUGAUAUGGGACACGUUAUGUUGGAGAGUGUUGGGAUUAUCGUAAACACAUUUGAUGCUAUUGAAGGAAGAGCUAUUAGAGCCUUAAGUGAAGGGUUGUGCGUGCAAGAAGGAACCAUGCCACCGUUGUUCUGCAUCGGACCCGUGAUUUCAGCCACGUGUGGAGGAGAUGAGAGUGGGUGUUUGAGUUGGCUCGAUUCGCAACCGAGUCAAAGCGUCGUGUUGCUGAGUUUUGGAAGCAUGGGAAGGUUUUCGAGGACUCAGUUGAAGGAGAUUGCUAUUGGGUUGGAGAAAAGUGACCAAAGGUUUUUGUGGGUUGUGAGGAGCGAGUCAGAAGGGGUGAACUCGGAACAACCGAGUUUGAACGAGUUGCUGCCAGAAGGGUUUUUGGAGAGAACCAAGGAGAGGGGAAUGGUGGUUAGGAACUGGGCUCCACAGGCUGCAAUUCUGAGUCAUGACUCGGUGGGUGGGUUCGUGACUCACUGUGGGUGGAACUCAGUGCUGGAGGCUGUUUGUGAAGGUGUGCCAAUGGUGACGUGGCCUCUGUAUGCAGAGCAAAAGAUGAACAGAGUGAUUUUGGUUCAGGAAAUGAAGGUGGCUUUGGCACUGAAUGAGUCCAAAGAUGGAUUCGUGAGUGCAGCUGAGUUGGGAGACCGAGUUAAGGAACUCAUGGACUCGAACAAAGGAAAAGAGAUUAGGCAAAGAAUUUUCAAUAUAAAAAUAAGUGCAGUGGAAGCAAGAGCACACGGUGGAUCUUCUCAUAGUGCUUUGAAUAGGUUGGUUCAGUUGUGGAAACAGUAGUGAAGUAAGGGUGAGGGCCUUGUUAUAUUAUUCUCUGCUUGUUUUAAUUAGUUUCUUGAGGAUCUUAUCAUGUCGCUUUGAAUAUGCUGUGGCUUUCUUGUGGAAGCAGAGUUGACGACAAGGAUUCUCUCUCUUUCCACUUUCUUCCAACUGAGUAAAUUACACCUAAUAAAUAGUUUAUGUAUCAUCAUUAUCGAUACAAAAUAGGGUAAUCAUUCUCAUAUAUUGUUGAAAAAGAUUUUUUUUAAAAAUAAUAAUAAUGAUGUAUUACGAAUAAUAUAUAGUUAUAAUAUUA